UCUGGUGAAACACAUGCAAAUAAGGUCAGUUACGACGGUUACAACUGACAACGUUUUACCGAUAUUAGCGUGAUAUAAGCGUGUUUCAUGACGCACUUAACAUAAUUAUAUGAUUCCUAGAUCUUCAUUAUGGUGUUUUCGAAUGUUGACACAUUUGAUUAUAAUCAUUAACAGUGAAAUACUUGUUAUUGAUUACGAACUGAAAACUUGUAACUCUCGCACCGGAAAUGACAAUUUUCAUUGCACAUGCGCGCUUGCAACUCUCAUGGAACCUGCAUUGUAGCCCUACGCUACACCUGUGUAGCAAAGGGUCUAGUGUAGAAGGUUGCCACCCCAAGGUUAAGGAUGGAGAGAGAGUAAAACAUCACCCAGGCCUCAAUCACCAUGGAGUAUAUGACAUCAUGGAACCAGGAUGAGUCCCAGACAGAAAGUGGCAAGACAAAGAACCUUGAGGUACUGGGGUCAGGUCACGGUGAGGUCAUUCAAAAGGUCACUCAACAUCCUCCUCAUCCUCCUCAGUCCUGCUCAGUCCCGCUCAACUGCCCAACAAAUAGACCACCGUCCAGAGUCAGGAGUGGCAAGCGUCGUGUUGACCUGUUCAGAGCUGCAGAGGAUCCUGAUGGGGAUAACACAGAAGCGAUUCUUGCACAGAUGGAGCAGGUUAACCAGGCUCCACGGGACCUACAGAUGUACACUGGAUGUGAUUGUGUCACACAACCACGGAAAGCCAAGCAAGACACCAAGCACUCUCCCCGACCUACUGUGGAGAGUUAUGGAGAUGAUUCAGACUCGGAUGACGAAGGUGAAGUAGAACUUUCUGCCCUUCUUGGAAUGCUACAGAAGCUGAAAGACACUCCUCUCAGACGUACCUCCAAUAAAGCCUUUCUCACGUUAGUUUCCAGCCUGGAGACUGAGUUGGAGUUAGACAAGGAACAGGUGCAACAGAUCCUUGGUUUCCUGACAGAUGAAGUGAUAGUAGAGGUCCAGGAGCUAGCUCUAGGCCUAAUAAAACAGCUAUGUUUUAAGCAGAGUAACAUGGCCAGGCUCAUGGUUGCUGAACUCCUAAACAUUUUGGAGAAGAUCUUGUUGUCCAUGCGGCCUCUCCAACCAUACGUGGCUGCCGUUGGUGUUUUAGAGGCAAUCGUCAGCCAUGAAGAGUUCCUCCCUGUAUGGUUUGAGCCAGUGAUGCGUGUAUUCCCUGGACUGAUGCGGCACCUACAAAUUGAGGAGACUAUGGAUGCCAAGUACGCCAUCUGUUGUCUUUUCCGUCGCCUUGCCCGGUACCCACAACUUUCAUGGAAUAUUCAGAAUGAGGCUAUACCAGUCAUUGACGUGACCAGGGGAAACAGUGUAAAAAUGAGUGAGGUGUACACACAGGUGAUGAUGGAGGCUGUACAACAUUCAGACGAGGUGUCUAUAGGGCUGAUACAGAAUGGGGCCCUACCUACAGCUACCAAAAUACUACAGGACGGGCCAUGUGGUCCCCAGAAGCAUGCCUUAGCCUUACUGUCGGCACUGACCAUGAAGGAUUUAGGGAUUGCCUCUACUAUUGAUGACGAGGAUCUCAUGACACUGGUGCUGCGGUGUAUCAAGGAAUCAAAGUGCCGACAUGUCUGUGCCGAAGCUGCUUGUGUUCUGGCCAACACUUUCAUGACAAGAAGUCGUGGUCGCUGCCGUGACCUAAUGGUCCAUAUUGCCGACUACCUAGUGCCAGCCACCAUGGAAAUAGAAAUGUUACAGGCUUUCAGUCUGGCUGGAGACUCACAAAAGCUGCCCCUUAUCAGGAACCGACAUGAACGUGAAACACAGCUGUGGAAUGGCCUACACACUCUGUGUCAUGUGAUGUGUGACAUCAUACGUAGAGAAGCCAAGGUAGAAGUAGAUGAGGAUGGCUGUCCACAGAAGAUUGGCCUGACUGCCUCCACCACAUCUGGUAUACCAUCUCCAGGAGUGUUAGUGAUCAGUCAUUGUGUGAGGGUACUAACUAAUGUUUGCCUCUGGGCCGCAAGCAAAUCCCGCAAUGACUUCUACAAGAUAGACCUUCAUGAGUUCGCACAUAUAGAAUCACAGAGGUUGAAGCUGUCCAAACUGAACAGAGUUCUCACCCAUUUUGUAUGGGACAUCGCUGGACGCCUUGUCUCCGUGGUAAUAGCUCAGUUCUCCACCCAGCUGCGCCGUUUGCUCGUUUUGGCUGAUCUUCUGUAUGACCCAAAGAUGAGGAUGAAGCAGGAUAUAUCUGGUACUGUGGUUAAGAAGGGCACCAGUCAGAGGCUUCUUGUGGAACGUGCCAUCUUAAGGAAUGGGACUGUGGAUUUGUCAAGGAUGUUCGUGGAUGCAGAAAUUCAGCUGAUCAAGGUUUGCCUGGAUUUCCUGUUAUGCAUGUCUCUGUGUACAUGUAAAGAAUUUCCAAAUCUGCAAAAGCAUGUAACUCCACCGGGCAGUGACAAUAACAGAAACAAUUCUCAUAAAGGCACAACAAAUGGCCAACCACCCAGUGGUGCAUCAACCAACGGACGUCCUCCCUCCUGUACAGCCAAAAAAGAAAACGGCUGGGUUAGAAAUAACAUGGAUAAAACAGGGAAGGAUCCCAACACCGAUAAUGGCAAUGAGUGUGACAAUAAGUCUAAGUCUAAACAGAACACGGAGCAGAAGGAGCAAGGCCUGGCCAGUGAGCGUAGGAAUCUCCGCAGAUAUCUGUAUGAAGCUGGUGUGUUUCACUGUGUGACCCCACUACUUAGUGCUUCUGAUCACCUGUGUCAGAUUCUUGCGUGCCAGAUCUUGAGAUGUAACAUACAACCUGUGGAGGAGAAAAUUCUCUUUCCUUCAUCUAAGGCAGCACGCAGAAGGCCACACUCGGCUGUAAAUAGGAAGGAUAUGGAGAAGAAGAUAAAUGUGGCUUUACACCAGAUGUCACCAGACUUUGCUGUCAUAAUUAAGGAGGCAAUUGCGCCCCGCCCUGGGUCAGCUCAUCCCGCUUUCAGUGUGUCCUCAGGAUCAGGGGAGACUGAUGAUACUAUGACCGUCAGUUCCACCUCAGGGGAUGGUAUUGAUGACCCUGAGACUGCAGCUCGAUUAGCUGAGUAUGUAGAACAAAGUAAGAAAACUGAGAAGAUAAAGAAAUCUGUCGACUUUGGUAUACCAGUAACAGGUCCUACUCUUGAUCCACGACAACCAAUGGGCCAACAGUGUCGCCAGCUCCUAGUCAAGGAAGCCGGCCAUAGGGUCAUUUCUGGUGUGUUCACGGCUCCCAAGGCAAACCGACGUCACCUUAUCUCCCUCAUCUUUGAUAUUGUACAUUUAGGGGAUCAUGAACUACACAUGAAGUUGGCCGAGUUUGGCUGUAUGCAGAAAUUACUGGACUUCAUCAGAGUCAACACAGAGAGUGAACUUUUGGAGAUUAUUGGACUGAUCAUAAUCCAGCUGUUGAUAAAGAGUGACCCACGCUUGAGACAAAUAUUUGAACGCCAUGGUGGCACCAGACUGAUGAUGACCAUGAUGUCUAAGUAUGGUAGUGGACCACUGAGGGACGAAAUAAAGAACACUAUGAGGACAGUGUCCAGUACUGGUAUCACUGCCCAGCCGGCCCGAGCCAAGCCAGUAGACAAGGGUAGACUACCUCCAGAUGUGUGGGACCAGAUACAAUCAAGGUGGAAAGAUGAAGAUAAAGUUAAGACAGUGCUACGCAACUGGAGGAGUGAUGGGAAGAGGUGAUGAAAACAGUCAAAAACUGGAGGAGUGAUGGGAAGAGGUGAUGAAAACAGUCAAAAACUGGAGGAGUGAUUGGAAGAGGUGAUGAAAACGGUCAAAAACUGGAGGAGUGAUUGGAAGAGGUGAUGAAAAUGGUCAAAAACUGGAGGAGUGAUUGGAAGAGGUGAUGAAAACGGUCAAAAACUGGAGGAGUGAUGGGAAGAGGUGAUGAAAACAGUCAAAAACUGGAGGAGUGAUGGGAAGAGGUGAUGAAAACGGUCAAAAACUGGAGGAGUGAUUCGAAGAGGUGAUGAAAACGGUCAAAAACUGGAGGAGUGAUGGGAAGAGGUGACAAAACCUUAGAGGGAGCUGGAACGCUGGUGUACAACAGCUACACGAAAAGCAUUAAAGAUUAUUAAAGUUUUAUCAAAGAGACCCAGUUUAAAAUAUUGCCAAUCAAUUGUUUGAUAUUUCCGUCCAUGAAUACGUUUUUUUGUGAUACCCUAAUAGUUGAUUGGUAUGUCUUUGUUAGAUUUAAUUUAUUAUAUCGAUAAAAAUGCAAUAUUUUUGGCAAUAAGAUGUGUGGUUCAUUUUGAUGGUUAAAUUUUCUAUGAUGUAUUUAAUGAUAUAAAAGAUUACCAUGUAAAUCAAAACCUAUUAUAUGUUAGUAUUUAUAUCACAUCAAAAACCUGUUAUAAUUUAUUGUUUCAUCAAAGAUUGCUUUCAUUUUAUUUAUCGUAUUAAUUCAGAUACAUAUCAUGUAAUUUAUCAUACCCCAUUUUACAGGCAGAUAAAGUUUACAUGACAAAGAAUAUUUAUUUAUUGAUGUUCAAUUUCAUUAUUGAAAAUAUAACAUUCCAUUUAUUUAUUUUAUUUCAGUUGAUUGCAUUUAAGUUGUCGAAAGAAAGCAUUUUAUAUCGUUUUUAUGUAUGUAGCAUUUUUAACCUGGUAAGGUACAUUGUGUAGUUUUGUUUCUUUCACAAAAAAUAUGUGAUUGAUCAUUUUUAUAUCACAUAAACAUGUAACUGGUUUUUGAAAAAUAUUUUAUUUAAGCAUUUAAUGUUGCUGAUCAUCAUGGAUUUAUCUUGGGAUAAUAUACUGUAACAACACAAUUAUGUUUAAUAUGUCAGCUGAGAUAAAUUUGUUACAGUUAUCAGUGUGUAGGAAGUUAAUUUUCCUCUCUUUUACAUAAGUCCACUAUUAAUCUUUCUAACAAUUCUUUCUAUAAAAUCAGAAAUUUCCAGGUGUUUUUUUUUCAAUAUUGAUGACAAAUUUUUGAUGUGUCACAUAUUAAUUGUCUUAGACUGAGUUUGGAGCCAUAAAUGUAUGAUUAAUGCCAUCAGUCAUUUUUAAUUUGUUUUGAAAGUCAGAAGCCAUGUGAAGCAGUUCAUAGUAUGGAUAUCACACUUCUAGUCAAACCUUUGAGAACAUCUUGAUAUUAACACAAGCUGUAUCUUGCCAACUUCACACUCAACAUUUUUUGCCAGAUUUGGAUCUAUCUGUAUUUAGAAAACGAUAAGGUGAGAAUUGGAGCUAAUUCAAUGGAAGGGAGAUAACUCAUAUAGCAACAUUUAGGUAGUAUGAAAAUAUUUAUUUUAAAAAAAUGAUAGUAAUUUGAAAUAUUCCAGCUUCAUUUUAAUAAGUUAUUAAAUUUGGCAGACACAGGUAUGAGUUUUGAAAAUUUAAGAACAUUAUCUCAAAUUUGACAUAUACAUGUAUGAAUUUUAAAAUAUUUUUAGACAAGUAUUUGCAUUAGCCAAAACUUGAUAAUUUAUUUAUAAUUUUGAAAUGGACAGUUAUUCUUUUUCAAAAUGUACAAAAGUUAAUAUCCUGUCAUGAAAUUAAUUUAAAAUAUUACAUCUUUUGCCAUUUCCUUGGAUGUUUGAUUAAGGUGUUAACAUUUAAUAUAAACAUUCCAAUUGAAUAUAUUUAUACGCAGAAAUCACAUCGCUUGGGACAUUCCUUUAUAUUUUAAACAUACAAUUGAUAGACAUUUAUUUCUCAUAAUGGUUAAAACAGUAGUACUGUAUAUUCAACAUAUGCAUGUGUUACUUUCAGAAGUUUAAACCAAUAUCGUCAAUAAGAUCUGUACAUUACAAGAAUGGUCACAUAACAAAUAGUGUCAUAUUUAACAUGUUCCUUUCCUUAGUAAACAGGACAGUCCAGCACAGAUACACAUAAUAACUGAUACACCAGUCUAUCUUUAGGUAUGAACACAUGUACACAAAUUUCUCUGUAGAUAUACUUUUGAUAGGUUGUUUCACCUACGACAGAUGUUGGAAAGGCAACACAUAGGUGUUGCUUUUCCGACAGCUCUGGCGUCCACAAUGUUAAGGUUUUGCGUUAAGCUCUGUUUCUGACAAAGAUAGACCAACAAAACCUCCAUUAAGAUGUAGCAUCGGCAGUAAGAGCCUACUAUACUAAAAAUAUGACAAGAUUUCUGCAUUUUUG